AUGGUAAUGAUGCGCUACGUGCUGUGUAUCCUCGCUCUCCUGCUCUCAUGUGCGUGUGUGCACGUCCUCGCUGAAGAAGUGCCUGCCGCCGAUCUUUCCGACCAAGUCCCUAAUACGGAGAGUGAGACAAAGAUGUGCCUUGAAGGUGGUGCUGAAGGUACUCUACAUCCUGAAGGUGCUGGACGUUCUGUUGACGGUAAACGUUGUGCUGAGGCUGCUGCUAGUGGUCUUGUUCCUGUUCCUGAUGCUAGUGGUGGUGAUAAUUGCCGUGAAGGUACUGAACUUCCUGAAGGUAAGAAAUGUCCUCCUAAAAAGCCUGAAGUUCCACCUGUAAAAGUACCAGAGGAACCAAAAGAGGUGGUUCCUGAGAAAAAAGUACCUGUUACUCCUUCUCAAAACCACGAAGAUCCUCCUGCCGCACCACAUGAAGUUCAAAGACAACAUGAAGAUAAUGGUAUUCCUGGUCCUCGUGGCGGAAUUGCUGAAACGGGUGACGCUGCUCUUCGUGGUCAAGAUGGUGAGACCGGCUCUUCCGGUUCUUCUGCUGGUGCUUCUGGUAAUGAUGUUAUUCCAGCACCUACUGAACCUACUGGACCUAGGGCAGAUCCCACUGAAGCUGAUCCUGCGGGUGAAGUGCAAACUGAAGGGGACGGCAACAAUGCAGCAGGUGGAAGUGCUGAUAGCCAAGGAAAUGGAGCACCACAAACUUCUUCUUCUUCCAACAAUACAACAACGGGGACUGCCGGAGCUGCGGAUAAUGAAACAACAGAGAACGGCAAUACAUCUGCAGGAAGUGAAUCAACAAAUACCCAAGAAGGUGAUGGAGAAAACACAGAAAACACCACUACCACAACGACAACACUUCCUCCUGAACUCACAAACAACAAGAAGGGUGAUGCAGACAGCAGCAGCAGUAUCAGCAGUUCUGUGUGGGUGCGUGUGCCACUACUGAUUGUGGUUACACUGGCCUGUAUUCUUGUGUGCUGA